AUGACAACUCCAUCAGAUGUAUUGGCAACAAUUCAAGCCAAUUUACAACAAGCUAUGGAACGAAAAAAACCACGAGAACAAACAGUUAAAUUUGAACUUGAUGGUCAAGUAAGAGCAUGUUGUUUAGCAAAACCAUUUAAUUAUUCUGAUCUAAUUAAAUCUAUUGAAAAUCUAUUUGGUAAUCAUACAUUAAUAUCAAUUGAUAAAAUUCUAUGUUUAUUUUCACGUGAUGAUGCUCUUCGUUUACCAAUAACAAAUGAUGAUGAUUUAAAUAAAGUUAUAGCUAUAGCUGAAACAAAUCAAGCAACGAAACUUAAUUUUUUAUUAAUACGAAAAAAUGGAUUUAGUCCUAGUCAAUUGAAAACAAAAGAAAAUCCAUAUGAUUCAGGUUCAAUAUCAGAUGAUGGACAACCAACUGAAGUUAAUGAUACUAGUCUAGAUUCACCACCACCAGGUACUAUAGCAACACAAAAACGACGUACAACAAAAAAUACAACUAGUAAAUCAUCAAUACCAAAAGAUGGUGGAUUAUUUAUACCAGAAUCAGGUGAUGAUGUAUAUUCAAGUGGAAGUUCAUCAGUAGUAAGUCGAGAAUCAAGUAGUAGUGAAAAUAGUACACGGCGACGUUUACCAGGUAGUUAUUUAGUAAAACGUACAGCAACAGGUUCGACUGCAAGUGGUGGUAGUGCGAUUAGUUCAAGUAGUAAUUCAUCUAAUACAAGUUCAAGUUCUAGUGAAUCUCUUUAUACACAAUGUUCAUGUUCUGGUCAUCAUUAUAAAUCUCCUCAAACACCUUCAAAUUGGAAAUUAGGUCGACAAUUAGGACAAGGUGCUUUUGGUAAAGUUUUUCUUUGCUAUGAUGUUGAUACUGGUAGUGAAUUAGCAAUUAAACAAAUUCCUAUACGUGGACUUAGUUCAGAAACAUCUCGAGAAGUGAAAAUACUUGAAUGUGAAAUAAAUAUAUAUAAACAAUUAAAUCAUGAACGUAUUGUUCGAUAUCAUGGUGCUGUAAGAACAGAAGAUUAUUUACAAAUAUUUAUGGAAUAUAUGACCGGUGGAUCAGUACGUGAACAAAUAUUAAAUUAUGGUGCAUUAACAGAACAAUUAACAAAAAAAUAUACGAAACAAAUACUUGAAGGUCUUAUUUAUUUACAUAAAAAUCGAUUUAUUCAUCGUGAUAUAAAAUGUGCAAAUAUUUUGAGAGAUAUCUCAGGUAAUAUCAAAUUAGCUGAUUUUGGUACAUCAAGAAGAUUGAUUGCUAUUACAAAUCAAAAUCAACCAGAUUCGGGAACUAUUGGUACAGCUCAUUGGACAGCACCUGAAAUAAUACAAGGAAGUAUAUUUGGACGUAAAGCAGAUAUAUGGAGUCUUGGUUGUACAGUUGUUGAAAUGUUAACAACGGGUCCACCAUGGCAAAAUCUUCAACCAAUAGCUGCAAUAUUUCAUAUAGCUACUUGUGAUAAACCACAAUAUCAAUUACCAGACAAUGUAUCUAAUUCUGCUAGAGAAUUUAUUGAUACAUGUUUAACAAAAGAUUAUCAUCAGCGUCCAACGGCUGAAGAUUUAAUAAAUCAUGCAUUUCUAAGCGAUGUUUAUAAUCAUAAUCAUCAUCAUCAUCAUGAACAAAAUUGCAAUCAAACAUCAACAAAUCUCACACAAAUAUCAUUUUAA